CUGUAGUAAUUGGAUGUAAGGUUUGAAUGUAAGUAUACAAAAUAGAAGCAAAACAGAUCCUGUUCAAGGCUUGGAGCGUCAUCCCUGCCAUUGUCAGGCUCCUUAUCUGUGAUUUGACGUUGUGGUACAGGCAUACGUACAUGGGCCUUCAUAACAUAAACGCAUCUAAAUGUGAUGUGUUUUCGUGACUUCUGACGGGAGUUGUAAGUGCACAUGUACUCAGGGGUUUACUGGGAACGGUAAAUCUCGGCCAAGCAUGGAGUGGAUAUUGGAUAAAAUACACACAGUAUACGAGACAAUGGGAGGAGGUUGUGCGGAUUUGGCCCCCUCUGAUAUCCGGUACACACAGAGUUCAAUCAAAAACACGUUUGAACGGCGAGACGAAUAUGAAGGAGAGUUGAUUGGACAUACUCUGGAUCAUUUGUGUGAUGGGGAUUGCAAAGUGAAGGAUAUCCCUGUUAUAAAAGUCUUCCAGAGCUACGGGGAUUACUGGAGCGCUGAUAAUCGACGUCUGUGGGUGUUCAAGGAAUUUGAACGUCUGGGUGGGUGCAUCACAGUACCAAUCAAGAUUGUCAGCAUAGAGAAAGUCGACAGAGAAAAAUUCACGACGAAAAAUGGCGGUAAAGCUGUCAAAAUUCGGGGGAAUCCUGGCGGUUUCUGGCAUUCCCAGCCUGACCGCAGCCUUGACCCUGGCCUUGAGCAACAGUUCGACACUUCACCUUACGCUAUGUCACCUUGUGGCCAGUCAGUUUACCCCUCACAGAAGAGUUCCACCAGCGCUAAUCAAGGCAGGCAAUCUAAAGCGAAAGUGCAAAAUAACGCCAGUUAUCUCCCUGACAACGAAUGGCAACGUGAUGAUUACCGCAGCCGAUCAACGCCACGUUACAACCGAGGUCACGAUGCUCACAAUGAAGACUGGCUUACAACGCGUAACGUUAUCAAGGGGGUCAUUAUUGGAUACAUAGCUUUCAAACUAAUAAAAGGACUUUUUACUUCCUAAGAAUAGCAAAUAAGCCAGGAAUCAGUAUUUCGGAUCGGAGGCGAAUUUAUUGCAUUAACCAUGUGUUGGAAUCGUUAGUGACUUUCUAUCAUUCUGAAUAUUGUGUAACUAUGUAGAGGCAAUGUUGAUGAUUUUUAGAUCUUAAACAUCGUAUUUAACAGUUACAAUAAAAUAUCACUAAGUUGUGUCAUGUUACCAGAGGUCA